AUUUAUGACUGCUUAUUAUGGAGAAAUCAUUCAGCAAGAACAAUUGUGGCUCAAAGGGGAUUCGUAUUUUAAGUUUGGAAGCCUUUUCUCCUGUACCUGGCAAGGCAAAAAGAAAAGAGAGCAGCAGCGAUGGCGUGAGAGCAGCAGACAAAGUGAAGAAACAGGUGUCCAAUGCUGGAGAAGACAGGGCGAUGCUGUUGGGGUUCACUAUGAUGGGGCUUUCUGUCCUCAUGUUCUUUUUGCUUGGGAUAGCAAUUUUGAAACCAUUCAUGCUCAGCGUAUGGAAUGAGGAAGCAAACUGCACAAUUAUCCAGACUGAUAUUAUGAAUGACUGGAUAGACUGUUCAUUCACAUGCGGUGUUGAUUGCCACGGACAAUCCAAGUAUCCCUGUCUUCAAAUACUGGUGAACGUGUCUGGUUCCGACUAUGUGGCUGCCCUGCAUUACAAUGAGGAAGCUGUCCAGAUAAACCCCAAAUGCUUUUAUGUCCCUAAGUGCCAACGAGACAAGAACGAUUUGCUGGAUGGGGUGCUUGAUGUGAAACAAUAUUUUGAGCACAAGAAUGACACUCCUUUUGCGUGUUUCCAUCAACCUGACAGCAAACCAGAAGACGUCAUAUUGAUUAAAAAGUACGACCGGAGCGUGGUCUUUCACUGCUUGUUUUGGCCAACAUUAAUGCUUAUUGGAGGAGCUUCCAUUGUUGGAAUGGUUAAGUUAACACAACAUUUAUCCUUAAUGUGUAUGCUGUAUUGCAAUUCACCAAGAGAAGAACCUGGCAGCAUGACACCACGGGCAGACUCUCAGCAGAGCAGAACCAGAAAAGAUGAAAAAACAUUAAGGUGGAGAUCCAAUUCCCGUACUACAAACACAAUUUAA